AUGAACCAAAAACAAAUAUUUUACGGAUUAGAAACCAAAGAAGAACGCGAAAAGAGACUUAGAGAAAAAGCGAGGGAUUAUUUAUUGACCGAUGAAGAUAUUAUCGGCUCUCCCACUCUAAGUGGAUUAAUUGAAGAAACUUUAAAGUCUAGUAAUACCGAAACUUUUUAUAACUUGUUGGAGAAGUUAAGGCAUGCUCCUUAUUAUGAUAAAUUAGUCAGUUAUAAGGGAGACGAUGAAGCCAGUGCUUUUAUUGAUCGAGAAAGUAUCAAAAAGUUUUUAAAUUCUGAUCCAACUUUGGACACUUCGGAAAUUUUAAGAAAACUAAGUGAAGAAGCCAUUGAGGAAAAUACCAUGGAUGGCUAUUAUAAUCUGCUAAAAAGUUUCCGCAAAAGUUAUGAUGAGUUAGUGAAAUUGAAGCAGUCUGAAGAUAAUGCGAAUGACUUUUUAGAAAAGAUGACCCAUGUGGUUUAUGAUAGAAGGUGGGAAAAAGAAAUAAGAAAUAAUGGAUAA